AUGCUUCAAAUUCAAUGUCUUCUUGAGGAGCUUAAAUAUCUCGAACAAAUUGUAAGAGCUAAGCUAACUAGGAACUCACCAGACGAGGAAACUGCUUUUGAAAUAGUUGAAGUAGUGUGUAGGAGAAUAGCACUUUUCUCUAGCUCAUUCCAUGCUGACAGCAAGAACUUUGAGAAAAUGAUUGGCUCAAUGCCUCAGUUGCUGGAUAAGGUAGAAGUUAUCAAGAAAAACCUAGGAGGAAUAACUUUUCCUAAGUUCGUCUUUCCCAAGACUGAUCCUCAGGGAUUCAUUGAUUUGUUAGUAAAUAAUAUAAGGAAGCUUCUGGAACAUGAUCCCGAGUUAAUUGCACCAUCACAUGAUAUUAAGGAGAUUUUACUUCAUUUGGAGUCUUUGGAAUAUUUCUUCAGGGAAGUAAAAACUUCAAAUUUUGAGAUGGUUGAAUUGGAGGAUCUUGGUAAUCACAUCAUCGACAUAGCAUAUAAGCUGGAAUUUGUUGUCGACUCAAUUCAAUUUGAUAGCCGUUUUCAGCAUUCAAUGUGGUUAUAUGAUCUGUUGGUAGAUGUGAGGUUCGUGAAUCAACAAGUCUCUAAACUCCGUGAGAUAUCUUCUUCAAGCAAAAUUAAACAUCCCCUAGUGAUUUCAUCACAGGUGAUACCAAGAGAUGCCACACCAGAUAUCAAUGGUCUUCUCAUUGGUUUUGAUGAUGAAGAAAAAGCAAUAGUCGAGCUCCUCACCAGAGGAACCUUGUAG